UAAAUUGCUAAUAAAGAGUCUUUUCUUCACCCAGAAGUACAGUCGUCCUCGCGUGCGCGCGCGCGACCCGGAAGUGCUCUCCAUCCGUCUUCGUGUUUGUGUUUAGCUCCGCUAGCGGCUCCAGAACACCGCGAUGAAGGCGUCAUGACGGCGCGUCUCUGACGUGAGUGUGUUCAGAUCUGUGACGCAGAGCCGCGCUGAUCACAUCCGGCUGAAUCCAUGCUUUCUGAUGAACUGGACUCCAAACCUGAGCUGUUGGUUGAGUUUGUUCAGAACGCGUGUGUCCCGCUGGGUCGGAGUCUGGAGGAAGUGGACACUAAAGCGUCCUGCGCUCCGCUGCUGUCGUCCUCACAGUGCGGCCCGCUGGAUCUGCCAGAGAGCGCUCUGAGUCAUGGCUCCUCCCCCUCGCUGUCAGACUUCGGCCCUGAGCGAAGCCCAUUGGUGGUUCAGCUGCAGACUCCUCCCCCUCCAGCACAGACCCCGCCCCCCAUCCUGCAGGACCUCCAGAAUCACGACAGCUCGUCUUACGUCCUGCUCAAUCUGGCCAAAGGUGCGACGCUUAUCUACAAUCACUUUACUGGGCUGUCGGCCGAGCCGCUGGUGUUGGUUCAGGACGAUGUGGACGAGGCGCAGGAGGAGGUUUCGUCUGGAGACUGCGGAGCGCCGUGGUACCUGCGGGUCCAGGAGCUGGCUCACGACAGUCUGAUCGCCGCCACACGAGCACAGCUGGCCAGAGACGCACGCAGCAGCCCUGACCACAUCCUCAGCGGUCAGUCUGAGUCCGAGCAGAAGCAGGAGCCCAGGGUCCGGUCAGAGAAGAUCCACCGCUGCCCGUACGACAGCUGCCACCGCACCUUCAGCUACCCAGCACACCUGCGAUACCAUCUGAAGACCCACCGGAACGACCGGACGUUCUGCUGCGACGCCGAGGGUUGUGGGAAGAGUUUCUAUGUUCUGCAGCGGCUGCAGGUUCACAUGAGAACACACAACGGAGAGAAACCCUUCAUCUGCAGCGAGAAGAACUGCGGCAAGAAGUUCACCACCGCCGGCAACCUGAAGAACCACAGACGCACACACACCGGUGAAAAGCCGUUCCUGUGUGAAGCUGAAGGCUGCGGUCGAUCUUUCGCAGAAUAUUCCAGUCUGCGCAAACACAUGCUCGUCCACUCGGGUGAGAAGCCGCACGUGUGCUCCAUCUGCGGGAAGACGUUCUCUCAGAGCGGCAGCAGGAACGUUCACAUGAAGAAGAGACACAGCGACGAGACGCAGCCGGCGGACAGCAGAGACACCGCUGAAGCGCUCACUCACAGCAGUCUGCUGGAGGCGGAUGGCGGCGGUGAUUCGAUGGUCAGCGUCAAUCUGCAUCACGCUAUCUUACCAACUCAAGGUGCAGCAGACGCCGUCGUGGUUCUGACUCCGCCCCAUGACCUGGUCACCAUGACGACAGGCCACACCUACAGCGAUGAUGUGGUGGCUUUGCUCUAACGCUGCUUUUGUAAAUAAACUCUUUUAGGAAACGUG